AUGAUGAUGCUUCCCAACAACAUAUUCUCUCUACUUCAGUUUUUCACUCUUUUAUAUCUCUUUACAGUUAUUUUUGCUUCCACGGAGGAAACAACUUCCCUCCUGAAAUGGAAAGCAACUUUCAAGAACCAGAAUAAUUCCUUAUUGUCUUCAUGGAGAUCAAGUACUAACGCAUGCUGGGACUGGUACGGAGUUAUAUGCUUUAAUGGUAGAGUAAACAGGUUGAAUAUUACAAAUUCUAGCGUCAUUGGUACCCUCUAUGAUUUUCCAUUUUCAUCCCUCCAUUUUCUUGAAUAUGUUGAUCUUAGCAUGAACAAUCUCUCCGGAACCAUUCCACCUGAGAUUGGUUAUCUCACUAAUCUUGUCUAUCUUGACUUGUCCAUCAAUCAGAUUUCAGGAACAAUCCCACCACAAAUCGGCUCACUAGCCAAGCUUGAGAUCCUCCACAUCUUUGACAAUCAUUUAAAUGGUUCCAUUCCUAAUGAAAUAGGUUAUCUAAGGUCUCUUACUGAGCUAGCUUUGAGUAGCAAUUUUCUUAAUGGUACUAUUCCUGCUUCAUUGGGGAAUUUGAACGACUUGUCCUAUUUGUAUCUUGAUAAGAAUAACCUUUCUGGCUCUAUUCCUGCAGAAAUAGGAAAACUUGUCAAUCUUAUUGAAGUUUAUCUUUCAAGAAACCAAUUAGCAGGUCAUAUCCCUCCGGAAAUAGGCAAGUUGACCAACGCAAGAGUGUUCUAUGCUUUCUUUAAUGAAUUGUUUGGUCCCAUUCCUACAGAAAUCGGGAAGAUGAAGUCACUUCAGAAUUUAAGCUUACACACGAAUAAUCUUUCUGGUGUAAUUCCAAAAACUAUAGGUGACUUAAAUGAGCUCAAGCUUCUGCAUCUUUAUGCUAAUCAACUCUCCGGCCAAAUUCCUAGUGAGUUGGGGAAUCUGAAAAACCUCAAUAAUCUGGAAUUAUCCAAUAAUAAACUCACCGGUCCAAUUCCAAAAACUAUAGGUGACUUAACUGAGCUCAAGCUUCUGCAUCUUUAUGCUAAUCAACUCUCUGGCCAAAUUCCUAGUGAGUUGGGGAAUCUGAAAAACCUCAUUGUUCUGGAAUUAUCCAAUAAUCAACUCUCUGGCCUAAUUCCUAGUGAGCUGGGGAAUCUGAAAAACCUCAUUGUUCUGGAAUUAUCCAAUAAUCAACUCUCUGGCCUAAUUCCUAGUGAGUUGGGGAAUCUGAAAAACCUCAAUCGCCUGGAAUUAUUCAAAAAUCAACUCUUUGGCCUAAUUCCUAGUGAGAUGGGGAAUCUGAAAAACCUCAAUUUUCUGGAAUUAUCCAAUAAUCAACUCACUGGUUCGAUUCCGUCUUCCUUUGGAAAUUUGAGAAACUUGCUAGUACUGUCUCUCAGUGACAACAAUCUGAAUGAGGAAAUUCCUUCGUCUAUUUGCAAUUUGACAUCACUGAUAUUCCUGUAUUUGUCGAAAAACAACUUGAAAGGAAAAAUUCUACAAUGCUUGGAUAAUAUCAGUGCCCUCGAGUAUGUGGUAAUGUCACAUAAUAAUCUCAGUGGAGAGCUCCCUUCGUCUAUUUGCAAUUUGACAUCUCUAGCAAUUCUAGAUUUGGGUAGAAACAAUCUAAAGGGAGCAAUUCCGCAAUGUUUUGGCAACAUGAGUGGUCAUCUUCAGGUUCUUGAUAUGCAGCACAACAGUCUUUCUGGUACUCUUCCAUUGACUUUUAGAACUGGAACACUUGGAAGCUUCAACUUGCAUGGCAAUAAACUAAAGGGGAAAAUUCCCCAAACUUUGGCCAAUUGCAAAGAGUUGCUAGUUCUUGAUUUAGGAGCUAAUGACCUCAACGACGUCUUCCCGAUGUGGUUGGGAACUCUUCCUAAGUUGAGAGUUUUAAGCUUGAGAUCGAAUAAGUUGCAUGGAUCCAUUAGAACUUUAGGAAGUGAAAACAUGUUUCUUCAGCUUCGAAUGUUGGAUAUCUCUUCCAAUGCCUUCACGGAAAACCUACCAACAAGUUUGUUUCAACAUUUGAAAGCCAUGAGGAUAAUUGAUCCAUCAAUAGAAGCACCAAGCUAUGGAGAUUACCAAGACACGGUAGCUGUUGUAACAAAGGGAUUGGAGCUUGAAGUUGUGAAAAUCCUUUUUUUGUACACCACUAUCGAUCUUUCAAACAACAAAUUUGAAGGACAUAUUCCAAGUAUUAUGGGAGAUCUGAUUGCACUUUGCAUGCUGAAUUUAUCUCAUAAUGGAUUGCAAGGUCACAUACCGCCAUCACUUGGAAGUUUAUCUUCGGUUGAAUCAUUGGACCUGUCAAAUAACCAUCUUGUAGGAGAGAUACCAGCACAAUUUGCUUCUCUUACAUCGCUUGAAGUCUUCAAUCUUUCCUACAAUCAUCUGGAAGGGUGCAUUCCUCAAGGAACUCAACUUCAGACGUUUAUGAGCAAUUCAUAUAAAGGCAAUGAUGGAUUACGUGGGUUACCUGUUUCAAAAAGUUGUGGCUAUGCUCAGUUAUUAGAUACAAAUGAUACCGUGUCUAGACUAGAUGAUGAAGAAAGCAAUUCUGAAUUUCUGAGUGAUUUUUGGAAAGGUGCUCUGAUGGGCUAUGGAAGUGGACUAUGUAUUGGAUUAUCCAUAUUAUAUUUCAUGAUUUCAACUGGAAAACCAAUAUGGCUUGCAAGAAUCAUUGUAGAGCUGGAGCACAAAAUGAUGAUGGGAAGGAGAAAGAAGCAGCGAAGGCAAAGGAAUCAGAAGAAGAAAUAAUCAGUUUUUGGACCAUUUUGUAGGCUUUUAAGCAAUAAUAUAUUACUGUUAUUUCUUUAAAGAAAAGAUGUAUUAAAGAAGAAAUAGUAUCCUGAUUUGCAGUG